AUUGACUACUACGUCCAUCAAACCGGAACCGGCCGGUUUGUUAUCGAUGUGGGACAGCUGCCAGGCUUUAACCGGCAGUGGACGCUGCUGGUCCGGUGUUGACGCCGCCCUGGGCUUCAUAUUUGAUGAUAGGAAAGGUUUAAAUUCGCCUACAGUGUCCGCGGUAUCAUUUUACGAAGCCUCGGAGGAAGACAAAACGGUACUGCGCCGGAAAAAGGUAGGCAGAGCUGUGCACCACACACAUCAUCUGCAGCCGGACCGGACAGCUCCAAGCAGCCCCGUGACUCCUCAUCCUUCUCUGCUGGGGAUUCUGCUAAAAGAAGUGGAAAUCUAUACAAAGAGAAGAAUCUUUACCUACUAUGGAGCUGUCUGUGGCACACCCAGCAGUUAAAGCCUUCAUGUGUGGCUCCUUCAGUGGGACCUGCUCCACCCUGCUGUUCCAGCCUCUGGACCUGGUCAAAACCCGCCUGCAGACGCUGCAGAGCACCGUGCAGCCGGGGUCGGGCAGAGUGGGCAUGAUGACGGUGCUCCUCAGCGUGGUGCGGACGGAGCGCCUCCUCGGGCUGUGGAAGGGCGUUUCACCGUCCUUUGCUCGGACCAUCCCAGGAGUGGGGAUCUACUUCAGCACCUACUACUCUCUGAAGCAGCACUUUUACCAGGACGACAGGCCGGGGCCCCUGCCGGCUGUGCUGCUGGGGGGAGGAGCCCGGACCGUGGCGGGGGUCCUAAUGCUGCCAGUUACUGUCAUAAAAACACGUUUUGAGUGUGGCAGGUACAGCUAUGUGAGCGUGAGCGGCGCUCUGCGCAGCGUCUGUCAGACUGAAGGUCCCGCCGCUCUGUACUCUGGCCUCAUGCCCACUCUCCUCAGAGACGUCCCUUUCUCCGCCAUCUACGUCAUGUUUUACAGCCAGACCAAAGCCGCUUUGCCCUCAGAGGUCGGCGCGUCUCCCUCCGCACCCCUUGCGAACUUCAGCUGCGGCAUCCUGGCCGGAGUUCUGGCCUCUCUGAUCACGCAGCCUGCAGACGUCGUCAAAACGCACGUCCAGGUCAAUCCCCAGCUGAGGACGGCGGAAGCCAUCCGAUACAUCUACACGGAACACGGAGCUCAGGGCUUCUUCAGAGGAGCCCUUCCUCGCUCUCUGAGGAGGACCAUGAUGGCGGCCAUGGCCUGGACGGUGUACGAGCAGAUGAUGGCGCACAUUGGGCUCAAGUCCUGAAGGAGGACGAUGAUGAGAAGAGAGCCAGAGAGGAACGACAGUGACUUUUUCUUUCACUGUACCGUUGAGACCGAUGAGUGGGAGCAGAGAGCUGGUCUCGCUUCACGUCACGGGAAAAAGUGGAAGGUUUGAUGAAUGAGACGCAUUCCUGUGGGUGACGGCAGACACCGCCAGUGUGGACUGUGGAGCAGAAAGCUUCCAGAUUGUGCAGGCACAGAGUUUCUGCUGCGCGGUGAGUUUAGAUGGGAAACCUGCUGCAGAGGCUGAAGGUUAUUUCCAGCAUGUCGGAAACUCAAAAGUACCUCUGGGGGGAAAACUGUUGUGACUCCACUUCAUGAUGGCUUUGCACCUUAAGCUCCUCAGCAGGAGAAGCUGAGCUGAAUGUUUCCUUGAAUUAAGCGGACAAAAAAAGUGAUUUUGAAAAAUGUGCACGACUGUUUUAUUGUUUACCGUCACUGGGCCAAUACUCUUUUUUUUAAAUCAAUGUUUAGGAGGAUAAAACACUGUUGUGAUCUAAACAUUUGUUUGUAUGUACACAAACUCUUUCAAAAAUAAAUGAUUCUGCACCUCA